GGUGCAGAAACAAACUCAAGUGCGAACCAAACUUCAUACAUUGCAUACACUUGCAUUGUGUACAUAAAACUGUUGAGACUCUGUUUACUCUUAUACUGGAAGUACAAGAUUUACCUCACUGUAUCCUCUUAUACUCAUGCGUACACAAUGACGCGGGAAGAGGACCUGAUACGGAUCGCCAAAAAGCUAGACAAGAUGGUGUCUAAAAAUAACAUGGAAGGUGCUGUUGAUUUAUUGAAAGAAUUGCAAAACUUCAACAUGACACUUAAAUUGCUUCAGGAAACAAGAAUUGGUAUGUCUGUCAACAGAAUAAAAAAGCACUGUACAAACGAAGAUGUUGUCUCCAUUGCUAAAAUUCUUAUUAAAAACUGGAAGAGGCUUUUGGAAUCUAGCCAUUCUCAAAAGGCUGAAACACUAAAGGAGAUCAAAAAUGGGAGUGGUGCUUGUAAGGAAACAUUAUCAUCUAGCGGAUCUUCACCAGAUAGAGAGUCAUGCCCAAACUCUGGCCUUAACUCUAACAUGAAACCUGCCGAUAAAGACAGAAAAGGAAAAGGAGAAGUCAUGUUAAAGAAAGAAAGACAAGAAAGUGAUUACCAAAAAGAGAAACACCUCAGUAAUCAUACAACAGACAGGAGGAAUGUUUUGGAAUCCACAGUUUCUUCUUCACCUUCAUCCAUCCAUUCUUCUCCCCCUCCCAAGUGUCCAUCUGUGGAAGCAAAGAAAGAAAGCCCAAAUUCUGGCUUUAACUCCAACUUGAAACCUGCCGAUAAAGACAGAAAAGAAAAAGGAGAAGCCAUGCUAAAGAAAGAAAGACAAGAAAGUGAUUACCAAAAAGAGAAACACCUCAGUAAUCAUACAACAGACAGGAGGAAUGUUUUGGAAUCCACAGUUUCUUCUUUACCGUCAUCCAUCCAUUCUUCUCCUCCUCCCAAGUGUCCAUCUGUGGAAGCAAAGAAAGAAAGGCAAGAAGUACCUGUUCCUCAGACUCCUCCUUUCCCUCUUCAUCUUCACCGUCCUCUUCCUGCUCACAUCCGUAUUCCGAAACACCAGACUGAAGUGAAGAAAGACAGGAAGGAGGCACCACCAAAAACAACUCCUACCCCAGCCCAACAUUCUGACUCUCAUCAUUCCUCUCCUCCUGCUAAAAGGCCAUCAAUAGAGGCACAUAAAGAGAGGAAAAAGACUCCAGAUCCAAAUGCCCCAGCUUUACCUUCACCUCUACACCUGUAUUCUCCUCCUCCUGAGAAACCAUCUGCUUCAGAGAUGAAGAAACAAAGAAAGGAGACUAAAGAUCCUGAUGUUUCUUCAUCGUCUUUUCCUCUCCAUCUUCAUCCACCUGCUUCUGUUAAACGACCCUCAUUAGAUAUGAAGAAAGACAAAGUCAAAGAAAAGGACAAAGAAAAGGACAAAGAGAGGAAGGUGAUUGUGGAUCCUAAUGCACCUCUUCCUCCUCUUCCUUUCCAUCUUCAUCCACCCAUGUCUGGAAAACGUCCAUCAUUAGAUAUGAAGAAAGACAAAGACAAACAAAUAGAAAAGGAAAAAGAAAGAAAAGACACAGCAGCUGUAAAACGAGUGAAACAGCAGCAGAUAUCUGAACACAAGGAAGACAGAAAUCUGGGGGACAGUAGUAAAGCAUCAAAAAAGCACAUUACAGACGUAAAGAAAGAGAGAAAGGACUCAACAGAUUGCAAGCUGCCGUCUACUAAAAAACAAAGCAAUGAUUCCAAGAGGGAAAGGAUAAACUCAACUGAUCAUAAAUCUGUCCAGAAACUACAAUCAAGUGAUUUAAAACCUCAGAGAAAAGAAUCCACUGAUUCUAAAAAUGUCCAGAAACAACAAUCAAGUGAAGUAAAACCUGAGAGAAGGGACUCGAUUAACUCUAAACCUGUCAGCUCACCACCAGCAAAGAAGCUCUCAAGUGAAAGGAGGGAUUCUCAUGGAACAAAGUUGGCUAUCUCUGGAGCACCACAGAGAACGAUGUCAACAGACAGCAAUGAUGGACGCAAAAAUAGACCUGAGACUCCCAAGACUCCCACCACACCCUCCACUCCCACUACCCCUAUGUCCCCCACAUUCAGCUCUGCUGGUGGUCCCCUGGCCCCUUGUCUGCUCACAGGAGACUCUGUCAGAGACAAGUGUAUUGAAAUGCUGUCUGCUGCAUUACGCACAGAUGAUAACUACAAGGAAUAUGGGACAAACUGUGAUGCCAUGGCAGCUGAAAUUGAGGAUCAUAUCUACCAGGAGAUUAAAGCCACAGAUAUGAAAUAUAAAAACAGAGUACGGAGCCGCAUCAGCAACCUGAAAGAUCCUAAGAAUCCAAAUUUACGCAGGAAUGUCCUGGGAGGAGCCAUUGAGCUGAGCCGUAUUGCCACCAUGACCGCUGAGGAAAUGGCCAGUGAUGAGCUGAAGCAGCUAAGAAAUGUUAUGACCCAGGAAGCCAUACGUGAGCAUCAGAUGGCAAAGACUGGUGGAACAACCACUGACCUCCUGCAAUGCCCCAAAUGCAAGAAAAAGAACUGCACAUACAACCAGGUGCAAACUCGGAGUGCUGAUGAGCCCAUGACCACAUUUGUGCUGUGCAAUGAAUGUGGAAACCGCUGGAAGUUUUGCUGAUCUUCAAGAGUUUAUUCUUCACCAGUGCUUCCCAGACCAGUCAUCGGGCCCAUCGUUACAGUCCAGUUACAACAACAGUUCUACCAAACUAAAAAUUUUAAAUAUAGGGAAUACCUGUGUUUUAGGUGUGUAGGAGGCAUGUGGAGAGCAACGUGUAAACUAGAUUGGGGGACAGGCCUCGAUUAAGAAACAACUAAAGCGCCCCAUCCUUUUUUUUAACUUAGUAAAUGCUUUAGAAGUGUGUAAUCUUUUAAAAGCUUAAUGACCCAUAAUAUAUAUAUUUUUAAAACCUGUAUUGUUGCCGCUCAGGUGGCGCAGCGGUAAAAUACACUAGCACACCAGAGCUGGGAUUUCGAAUACAUCGUAUCGAAUCUCAGCUCUGCCAUCUGACUGGGCUGGGUGGCUAAAUGAACAAUGUUUGGCUGUUGUUCAUCCAGGGAGGGAGCCGGAUAGGGACCUCAUAACUGAUGCAAUUACGACCUCUGCUGGCUGAUUGAUGGUGUCUGCACAGAGUAGAGGAACAAUGCGUUGAUCAGGGUGUGGCUCUCCGUGCACAAGGCUGAUCCGCAUAUGAACUUGCCUUCGUGCAGGUGAAAAGAUGCAGUCGGCUACUGCUUACAUGUCGGAGGGGGUGUGUGUCAGUUCGCUCUCCUCAAUCGGGGCAGGGGUCAGCACCAGUGGAGAGAAAGCAUAACGCAAUUGGGUAAAAAUUGGACAGGGAAAAAAAUGCAUUAACACAGGUGCAAAAUUGAAUACAAAAUUUAAUUAUUGCAGAAGGGAUUGCCUUUAAUUAGUCAUGUUGUUUGUUUUUUUGUUGUUUUUUUUUUUUUUUACUGCAUGAAUCAAACAUUAAAUUUAAUCUAAAAUUUUCAAGCUCACUUUAAAUACAUUUAUAGUAAAGAUUUCACAUUUUAAUUGUCUUGGACCUGAUCACAAUAAAAAUGUGCAAUUACUAAACAAAGAAGCAGAAUAUUUACAUCAAUAAAAAUGCUACAUGAAUAA